CCAUCUGUUUCUAGUCUGUGAAAUCUGUAGUUUUCGCAACUCCGUGGCAAAACCUCCAGAAUUCUCAAUUUCCAGGAAAAUCCCUUUACGUAUCUUUCCCCAAAGUUUAAUCUUUGGUAAUAAAUUCAAAGAAAUUUAUAAAGAUCAAAAUAGGACUAGAGCCCCACUGCCCAUUGUUCUUUUAGAUAAGAGUUUAGGAUUAUUUCCACUUUAGAUGGCAAGGAAUACUACUAACAAUGGAUCAGCUCACCAAAAAUCCGGUCUGUUGAAAGACCAAGUUCGAUUGGUUAAGCGAAAGGAUUGUGAUCGAUAUGAGAUUGCACCAAUACCAGAUAAUUUGUCAUUUGAGAAAGGAUUCUUUGUUGUAAUCCGUGCAUGCCAAUUGUUGGCUCAGAAAAAUGAUGGGAUUACAUUGGUAGGAUUUGCUGGGCCUUCCGGUGCUGGAAAGACCAUGUUUACUGAAAAAAUACUUAAUUUCAUGCCAACUGUUGCUGUUAUUUCAAUGGAUAAUUACAAUGAUGCAAGUCGUAUCAUUGAUGGCAACUUUGAUGACCCACGCCUGACAGACUAUGAUACGCUGCUCAAAAACAUCCAAGAUCUGAAGGUGGGCAAACCGGUUGAAAUUCCAAUAUAUGAUUUCAAAUCUAGCUCCCGAGUAGGAUACAGGACGCUUGAAGUCCCUGAAUCCCGUAUUGUAAUUAUAGAGGGCAUCUAUGCAUUGAAUGAGAAACUGCGGCCUUUUCUUGAUCUUCGAGUAUCUGUAACGGGGGGUGUUCAUUUUGAUCUAGUAAAACGAGUGUUGCGUGAUAUACAACGUGUUGAGCAAGAACCGGAAGAGAUAAUCCAGCAAAUAUCUGAAACGGUUUAUCCAAUGUAUAAGGCGUUUAUUGAGCCUGAUCUACAAACAGCACAUAUAAAAAUAAUCAAUAAAUUUAAUCCGUUCACUGGAUUUCAGAGCCCUACUUAUAUUCUAAAGUCUUCAAAGGAAGUGAAUGUGGAAACGAUCAAGUCAUUAUUGUCCGAGGAACAUACAGAGGGUAUGGAAGAGACUUAUGAUAUUUAUCUUUUGCCACCUGGCGAAGAUCCAGAGUCGUGCCAUUCGUAUUUGAGGAUGAGGAACAGAGAAGGAAGAUAUAAUCUCAUGUUUGAGGAAUGGGUCACGGAUUCUCCGUUUAUUAUUUCGCCGAGGAUCACUUUUGAAGUUAGUGUGCGGCUUCUUGGUGGGUUGAUGGCUUUGGGAUAUACAAUGGCAGCAAUCCUCAAACGAAGUAGCCAUGUGUUUCGUGACGAAAGGGUUUGUGUUAAAAUUGAUUGGCUUGAACAGCUGAAUCGGCAAUAUGUUCAGGUUCAAGGAAGAGAUCGUCUGGUUGUAAAAUCUAUUGCUGAUCAGUUAGGGUUGGAAGGCUCAUACAUCCCGCGCACAUAUAUCGAACAAAUUCAGCUAGAAAAGCUUGUGAACGAAGUUAUGGUGUUGCCAGAUGAUUUGAAAACGAAGCUUAGCUUAGAUGAAGAUCUUGUGUCGAGCCCUAAGGAUGUUGUACUUUCCCUUGCCUCAGCAGAAAGGUUGGCGUUGAGAAACAAAAAAUUCCGAAGCGGGAUGUCACAUUCCUAUUCAACACAUCGGGACACAAACCUAUCCAAAGUUGAUGAAUUUUCGUCUACGAAUCAGAAGCUCGAUGACAGGGCUUUAGUCUUGCCAUCAACAUUAGCAAACCAGGGAUCUAUUGCACAGCUAUCGGAACAGAUUUCUACUCUAAACGAUAGGAUGGACGACUUCACGUCUAGGAUGGAAGAACUGAAUUCCAAUUUAAGCAACCGGCGAAGUUCCCCUAGCGCCCCAAAUAUCGCUCAGCUAUCUGAAACCGGCAAUGGAUCUGCCCCGACUUCCCACUUCAUAUCUAGUUUAGAGAACGGUUCCUUGACGGGAUCUAUAAUGCCACACUCGUCGUCUUUUUCCCAUAUGGCAAGGGAUUCCACUUUGACCGAAGAGCUGUCGAACAUUGCUCGUAGCCAACGCCAAAUUAUGCUCCAACUCGACAACCUUAGCACUCUUCUCCGCGAGAGGUCAGGACCCAGAUCCCAACAUAAACCGAGGACGAGGCGACACAGGUUAAUAUCUGCGCUCGACCCUGUCAAAGUACCCGCUAUCUCUGCUCUCUCGGUUGCAGGCCUUGGCCUGGGAAUCUUGUUUUUUCGGAGUUUUCGACACAGAAACUGAACAUACCCACAAUGUGGUGCUAACAAAGAGAUGUUUACAGCCAUUUUCUUGGACACCAAAAUAUUCAAUUGCUGUAUUUUGCCCUUCUCUUCCGGGAAAGAAGACAGUAUUAGACAUUGUAGGCAAAUCAUUGCUCUCUAUUCUGAGAUUUACUGUAUUAGAGAAGGGUUUAUUAUGCUUUUAGUUGGUUCCUUGGGGAUCCUAUGAUUUAGUUGUUUUUGUCACACAUUUUAUAACCAAUUCUUAUAUAGCACUAAUAUCAUGAUCCUAUGAAAAACAGAACUUGUAGUCCUUUUACACUCGAGUAAAUUCCACUUUUAGUACUAUUGUGGCAUUAAAA